AUGGAGAUGGAAAGAAUUGGAGACUUCAGGGCCCUAAGAGCAAAGUUUCAGAAUGAUUCUAAUUUUUCCAGUGCAUUGCUACACUCCGCAAAGAAGUCCACUGCAGAAAUCAUUCCACAGCAAAAUACAGAUGGCAGUUCUACCACCUGUUCCAAACCCAAGGCCUUGCGCCAAGUGCAAAUUCCAGUUCCUGGGCAAAAGACUGAACAGUUCAGCUAUACCUUUCAGAAGCCUGACUUUACAGACAUCAAGCCCACGGUGCUGCCAAGGGUUAGGAUUCGUGAAUUGUCUGAAGUAGGGAAGAGUGAAGACAGGAAAAGGACAAGCAUUGCAGAAACGCUUUGUGGAAGGACAGUAUCUGUGGUGGAUUCCCAAAGGCAGUGUCCAGUGCCUUGCUGUCACACUCAAGAAACGGCAUUGGCAAAGAAUUCUUUCCACGAUACUCUGCAAAUCUGGGAAAAUGCUGUAUCACCAAAUGAGCAGAAGUGUUCUGCAACGCCACCGCAGCCUGCGAGUAGGACAAUAUCACUGGCACGACAAAGAACGGCUGAUGUUGCUGUUUCUAAAGAGGUUAAAACAAAUAUGGCUGAAAAGGAGCAAAGUCUGGCACUUUCUGCACCCAGAACUCCAUCCCAUCUUCAGAGUGAACCCAUUUCAUUUCCUUCAUUCACGCCCCCUGUACCACCUAGAGGUCAAAUGCGCUUAGAGAGAGUGGCACAUGGAGCCAUUCAUAUCGCCAGUGCUUUAUCCCCAAAUGGUUAUGACUUAAAUAGGCCAAACAAGACCUCACAGAGUACCACUGAAAAACUGCAUGCUAAUGAAAAGAUCAAGCAUCCAAACACCAAACCACUUCCUUCUCUUAUAUUACUUGGACCUCCUCCAAAGAAACCACCAAGACCACCUACAGUAGAUCUUGGUAUCUUUCAGCGGAAACUUCCAGCUGCUGUAGAUGAUGCAUAUAUGACUCCUGAAAUUACUGAAACAGAAGGAUUGAUCAUGUACGAUGAAACCAUACCGUACCUAAAGCAACCAGAGAGCUCCAAGAGCUCUGGUCAAGAACCUGCACAUUUUUCCAAGGGUGCAAUAAAAGAAGACAGCAAGAUCGAUGACCAAGAAGAUAAAUCUAAAUUCAGUGGGGAGUGCAGAGGUGAGAAGAGCAUGUCACAAGAAGGGACAGCACAGACUAACCUUGGAACUGGGCUAGAAAAUGAUGGGAACUAUGGUUAUGUGUGCCUGGAAACCUUGAGAAUAGAUGAAGAGAAGGAAAGCAUUGGUCUGAGAGCCUCCAGACUGGAGCAGCCUAUGGCAGAGGUGUAUGAUGAUGUCGAAGGACUACAGAGGGAACUGCAAGCGUCUGAGGCCUCCCACACAUUCACUUCAGACACCUGUAAGUAUGCUACCUAUGAAGAAACGUAUGAGGAUGUUCAAAGUGAAGCAUAUAAUUCAGUCAAGUCAAAUGAUGUCAGAACAGAAAAGCUAAAGGGAUUUGGAAAUUUUUUCAAGAAAGGAAAAUACAAAAUGAAAAAUUCACACUUGAAAGAGAAUUUCCGCAACCUUUCUCAAUCCGUACCAAACUUAGAUGUUGUGGCCCGUGAACACAUGCUGUAUGAUGAUGUUGACACGGAAAAAAAUGAUACAAGCAUUUCUUCUCGACACUUCUUCAAAGUAAAGAAAUUCAAUUUAGAAAAGACGAAUAAGAUGGCAAAAGAAGAAAAGUUAUUUAGAGAGAAGUUCAUGUAUACUAAGGAGAUCACAGUAAUAAAUACCGCAGUUGCGCACUGUUCAAACACUCUGACCAAAGGCAAACUUGAUUUGAAGAUCACAGCUGGAGAACAAGUUGAUGUCAUUGAUAUUACUGAGGGUAAUCAAUUAAUAUGUCGGAAUUCUGAAGGCAAAUAUGGAUAUGUGCUAUUAGAACACUUGAAUUUCAGGUAA